AUGUCGAAUACAGCCUGGCUGCAGGUACUCAAGAAAUGUGGCGUGGCAGACAUCGUCUCCUUCAAUACUGUUUGCUAUAAGGAAGCAUUCAAAAUGGUUGAGGUAGGAUUCCCAGUUUCCAACCUUGGAGGUGAACAGUUCGAUAUGGCCCUUGGAUGCCAUGCCCAUAGUGAUUUAGCUCUAGGCACCCUCAGUGAUUUCAGCUUGGUCGGAUGGAUAAUACCCGAAGGAUUGGUCUUCAACUACAAAGAUAAAAAAGAAAAGAUAGACUCUGCUUUAAAAGUGAAGAUGUUCUUGGAAACACAACAAAAACCAGUAAACAACACAGCAGAGGAACAAGAUAUUGAAGAAAAAAGCAGCACACAUGGGUCGGGAGACUUGGAAGCAACAGCGAUUUCUGACAUGAAGAAAGAUAUAGAUGCCUUAAUAGCAGAAGAAAGGGCAGAAAUCAUUGGCAAGUAUGAGAAGGGAAGAAAGGAAGGGGCUCAGAUUGACCCAUGGGAAGAUGCUGACUUCACCCUGUACAAAGUCACAGACAGAUUUGGGUUUUUGCAUGAGCAUGAGCUACCACUCCGCAGUGCUCUGGAGGAAAAGCAAAAACUUCAAGAGAUUGAACGAGUGGACAAAUGGCUGAAGAUGUUAAGAAAAUGGGGGAAAUACAGAAACAGUGAGAAGAUGUUUCGAAGAGUUUAUAAAGGGAUUCCGCUCCAAGUCAGAGGCCAGGUUUGGUCACUCUUGCUGGACAUUGAGAAGAUUAAGGCAGAGAAUGAAGGAAAGUAUGAGAAAAUGAAAGAACAAGCCAAGAGCUUCUCAUCAGAAAUCAAGCAGAUAGACCUAGAUGUCAACCGCACCUUUCGAAAUCACAUCAUGUUCCGGGAUCGCUAUGGAGUGAA